UGGAGAAAUGUAAAGGGUGGAGUUUAGUCGGUAUAGUUAAAACUUUGACGCUAAGUUUGUGGUUAAUUUCACCGGGACCGGGUUCCUUGUACUCACCAUCAUGAGCCCGGCACUGAGGUCUUGUUUUGUGCUCGUGAGUUUCAUCACAGCAUAUAUUUGUUAUCUGAUACUGGGAGCGCUGGUUUUCUCAGCUAUCGAGCGGCCCGUUGAGGAGAGCCUGAAAUCAGACCUGAAGUCCCUGAAAGCUGAAUUUCUCAACCUGAGCUGUAUCGACGCCUCGGCUCUUGAGACUUUCUUGGAAAGAGUUUUAAAAGCUAAUAAACACGGCGUGUCUGUCCUUCAAAAUGCAUCGCUUCGUACAAACUGGGAUUUGGCGUCGUCUUUGUUCUUUGCCAACACGAUGGUCACGACAGUGGGAUAUGGCCACACUACACCCCUCUCCGAUGCAGGCAAAGCGUUCUCUAUCGUGUAUGCUUUGAUCGGGGUACCCUUCACCAUGCUAGUGCUCACUGCCUGCGUCCAGCGUCUAAUGCACCCGCUAACCUACAAGCCCAUCUCCAUGUGCCAGCGACAGGGCGGCCUGCACCCACGCACCGCCAGCAUUGUGCACUUUAUAGUGCUGUUGCUUCUGGUGGUGCUUGCCUUCUUUGUGGUACCCGCGCUGGUGUUCUGCAACAUAGAAGAAUCCUGGUCUUUCUUGGAUGCCGUUUAUUUUUGCUUCAUAUCCCUCUGCACCAUAGGACUGGGGGACUUCGUGCCAGGGGAAAAGCCAGGACAGAACCUGCGGGGUCUUUACAAGAUAUCCGUCAUGGUCUACCUGUUUGUGGGCUUGAUGGUCAUGUUCCUGGUCCUUCGUACCUUUCACAAGCUCGCUGACUUGCACGGGUGGACUGCUUUCUUCCAGCUGCCCAGCUGCGAUGAGGAACGUGACGAUACGGAGCCAAUAAUCAAUAAGGAGCACGGUGAAGAAUCAGCCGAGUCUGAAAAGGCCUCGGUUCAGCCACUGGAUCCGAGCUCUCAAGUUUCCUACAACUCUAUAAACAGAUAAAACAGCAGGCCGUUUCUUUACUCAUGUCCUGGAGCUUCAUACGACACGUUGCAUUUUAGCAGCCUGGCACCGCAACACCCACAAGGUCAAGACAAUAUGAGCACGUGCAAUACAAUACACCUCACCGUGGGGCGGAGCGGGUUCUGAUGUUUUGUAUGGACAAGCGUCAGGGCAGACUUUGGUUCAUAAAAGUAGCGAUUGUUCCAACUUCUGUGUUUGGUCUGUCCCAAAACUGGUCUUUAAGACUUUAGGAUGAUUUAUUUAAACUAGUAUAUCUGAUAUGCAAAAAAAGAAAAAAAAAGUUAUGUGUGGAAAUUGUGGCUCCACUAAUACUUGGUGUUUUUAUGUUCAAACAUAUUACAUUUAAUUAUUUAAAUGGUAAUUAAAUAAUAAUUUGUAUUUCAUUUAACAGCAAGUGUCAUGACUCCUCUGUACUGUAGUAACAGGAAGAGGAUGAUGCUGCUGCUGUGAAUGAGGAGAACAUCACAUGCACUUUAUGAUCUGCUUUUUACAAAUGUUUACUCAAUCAUUGCAUAACUAACGUUAUAUGCUGGACACAGUGGUUGUUUUGUUUUGUUUUGUCUUGUAUGUAUGUAGUGUAUUCAUUGUAACAUUGAAGGUAUAGGGAACAAAAGGUGACCGAUAUUCACUGUCAGGAUUAUAAAGGGGGUUUUAAGACAUUGCAUGCACAGGAAAAUAAAAUAUUUUUGUUA